GCCUUCUCUGUGUCACUAUUCACUUUUUUUUUCUCUUCCUGCCUUCCCAUUCCCAUCUCUCCCUCCCGUCGGCCGGCAGCGUUCAGCUCCCGUCGCUCGUCGGCCAGCAGCAGGGCACCUGUGCGUGGGCCGUGAGCGCGCGGGCGGGCGGCACGGGGCGCCGUUUGGCUAGUACGCGGCACGGGGGCCGGGCGGCGGCGCCGGCGAGCGCGCAUCACCCCCACCCACAGACGACUGGGCCGGCCGUCGCUGCUACUUCGGCCCCUUCGCCGGCGACGAGUACCACCAGUUGUCCGAAGGAAAUUUUUCUAGGUGCUGGUUGGAAUGGCAAGUACAGCAUGCUUUGUGAUUGUCAGUAAGAAUGACAUCCCGAUCUAUGAGGCAGAAGUUGGAUCUGCACCCAAAAAAGAAGAUUUGUCUUAUCACCAUCAGUUUAUCCUGCAUGCUGCGUUAGAUGUUGUUCAGGACCUAGCAUGGACCACAAAUGCAAUGUUCCUGAAGUCAGUUGAUAGAUUCAAUGACCUUGUGGUGUCUGUUUAUGUAACUGCUGGUCAUACCAGAUUCAUGUUGCUUCAUGACUCACGUAGUGAAGAUGGAAUAAAAAGCUUUUUUCAAGAGGUCCAUGAACUUUACAUCAAGAUAUUCCUCAACCCGCUUUACCUGCCCGGUUCUCGCAUCACAUCCUCUCAUUUCGAUACCAAGGUCAGGGCCCUCGCAAGGAAGUACCUGUAAUACGGGCAUGGAGGAUUUCACAAGCUUUGCCGAAACGCAGGAAGCAGAAGAAGCAGACUGUAUCACUCUAGCGCCAAUUAUUUUUGUGUCAUCAUCACUUGACUCGCAAGAAAUGCUGAAAUGGGGUGUCAGUGGCUUACUGCACAACACACAGGUCAAAGCAUUCUGUAUUUUUUCUUGGCUUUGGCUUGUUAUGACCUAUGAAUCAUUUUUCCAGAACAAAAUGACUUUUGAGAAUUUCUUCCAUGCAAUUCAAACGUUAAUGGAUUGUGCUGUACAUCACAGACGUAUAAAAAGGGUGUUAUCUCAUUACAUGGAAGCAUUGCAUUACA